AUUUCUUCCAGGAUAAAAGGCACAGCCUCCCUCCCUUCAGGCCCUUCUCUUGUUAGGCUUAAGAUCUACCAUGGUUGAGAAAGUCGGUGUUCUUAUUGUGGGUGCUGGGCCAACCGGGCUCGGAGCUGCGACUCGCCUGCAGCAGCAUGGCCACAAAGACUGGCUUCUCAUCGACGCGGCUCCCGAGGCGGGUGGCUUAGCCUGCACAGACAUUACGCCUGAGGGGUUUCUUUUUGAUAUGGGUGGUCAUGUUAUCUUUAGCCACUGGAAUUACUUCGACGAGUUGCUGGACUCUGCUCUCGGCUCCGGACCCGAAGCUUGGAACACGCUUCAGCGCGUCUCAUACGUGUGGAUCCGCGACCGCUGGGUUGCGUACCCAUUCCAGAACAACAUCAGCGCCCUGCCGAAGGAUGACCAGAUUAAAUGCCUGACCGGGUUGGUGGAGGCUAAGGUUACUAAUGCGAUUGCUCAAGGACGCCCAAAAAACUUCGAUGAGUGGAUUCUGCGCGUGAUGGGCCCUGGCAUCGCUGACCUGUUCAUGCGGCCGUACAACUUCAAGGUGUGGGCGAUUCCGACCAGUCUUAUGCAGUGCAACUGGCUGGGCGAGCGUGUGGCCACCGUGGAUGUGGAUCGCGCCAUCACGAAUGUCAUUAACAACAAGGAGGACGCCGGUUGGGGACCUAAUGCAGUUUUCCGGUUCCCUACUUCGGGCGGCACCGGGGCGAUCUGGAAGGGCGUCGCCAAACUGCUGCCCGAGGAACGCCAGCGCUACGGCCAGAAAGUGGUGUCCAUUGACAAGGACGCUAAGGUGCUAACGCUGGAGAACGGGCACCAGUACCAGUACGACGCGCUGGUGUCCACCAUUCCACUGGACCUGACACUGACAUGGCUGGGCAAGGAAGAGUGGGCCAGGGGGCUGCAGCAUAGCUCCUCUCACAUCAUCGGCAUUGGCAUCCGUGGGGAGUGCCCGCAUGGAACCAAGUGCUGGCUGUACUUCCCGGAGAGCAACUGCCCGUUCUACCGGUGCACGGUGUUCUCCAACUACGCGAAGUUGAACUGCCCGGCGGAUGACGCAAAGCUGCCUACCCUGUGCCUGGGCGACGGCAGCACGCCAGCCAGCAGCGAUCCUAAGGAGGGUCCCUACUGGUCGUUGAUGUUUGAGGUUAGCGAAUCCAACUACAAGCCGGUCAACCAGGAGCCGGUCACGCUGGGCGGCACGGCGGGCACUUGGUCCGAUGUCGUCCGUGACACGCUUAUCGGCGCUAUCAACACCCAGCUCAUGAAGCCAGGUGACGAGGUAGUGUCGCUGUACCACCGCCGAAUCGAGCACGGCUAUCCCACCCCUUCUUUGGGCCGCGACGAGGUGUUAGAGAAGGCGCUACCCUGGUUGCAGCAGUUCGGGAUCUGGAGCCGCGGCCGCUUUGGCAGCUACAAGUACGAAGUAGCAAACCAGGACCACAGCCUGAUGUUGGGUGUGGAGUGUGUCGACAACAUCCUGUACGGCACAAAGGAGCUCACACUUGCGUACCCGGACAUUGUGAACGCCAAGAAGAACAGCGAGUUGUUGUACCUCAGGAAGUGAAGCAGGCGGGCUAUGUAUGUCGUAGCGGCUAUGGAUGCCGGCUUUGAUCAGCUGUCCGUGAUUAAGGGUUAACCGGGGCACUAACAUGACUAACGUGAUUUAGGUUGACAAUUUAAGACUGGCUCAACGGAUCGGAAUAUGGUUACCAAGCGCUUGGUAACUAUAUUCCAAGCGUCGCAGGAGUGUGAGUUUUCAAGCUUGAUGUGAGCAGUGUGUUGGUGACCUAUGUGUGUGUGUAUUCCAUGCGAUUAUAAGGCAUUGAAACGUGCCGAUUACCUUCUGACGACGACUUGACAAAUGAACAGCCAGUUGCUUCUGAACCCUCGCCCUGAAUUGCAUCUCGUGUUCAAUCAUUUUAAGUAUCAUCCUGAGCUUGAUUUAUAUAUCCUUAGCUAGUUGGAGUGGUGUUCUUCGAACAGCGGUCGGAAUGAUGUUCUCCAGACGUGGGCGGACGUGGAGGUAGCUUCUAAGUCGUGAGCCAAUCAUGGCUAUCACCGAAUUGGCGGCAAAUUGCUGAGUAAGCACGGAGCAACGCACACAAGUAAACAAACUGCUCAUUC